UCCACUUGAAUGAGCCUUACAUAAAUGUCUUAGCAACAACUCUCCGACAAUAUCUGUCUUCUUAAUUCCGCCGAUCAUGUAAACCGAGAAUAUCUUUCUCAAAGGGAUUGUAGGUUAUCAGAAAGUGGAUAUAUUGAAGUCGUACAUCAAGACGCGAAGUUAAGCUUACUAAUUUCACUGAGGAAUCUCACACGCGUACGAUUUUACAAACGAGGUCAAAGGCUGGGCAGCAGUUUUACACAGAGGAAAAAGUUUUAACUUAACGAAGCGGUGUUCUUUCCUUGAAGGAAACAAUACAGUUUAAAUACAAAAAUGGCCAAAUUCGCCCUUAGGAACGAGCUUGGACGGUACAUUGUUGCAAUAGCAUGGAUGGGAAUUAACAUAUAUUUAUUCGUGAGUGCCUACAUAUCUCUCCAGACUUCCCCAAAAAACUUCUACCUCAGAGUUAUUGUCAAGGAAGGAUUGGCUUUUGCUCGAGCGUCUGCUGCAGUUUUGAACUUUAACUGUAUGCUUAUUCUUUUGACUAUGUGUCGGAACCUUCUCUCUUCCAUUCGAGGCCUUGGGGUACGUGAUCUGCUUUACAGCAACUGUCUAAUCAAUGAACCCACUUGUUUCAAAGAACUUUUAUUUGUGUUGUUACCAAGCGUAAUACUGACUUCUGGUUUUUCUGAUCAGGUACCAGUAGUGGAGCUGUGGAAAUUAGCGGCUGGUAUUACUGGAGCUGUCAUAACCCUUUGUCUUAUUUUGAUGCUCUCUUCUGCCACGGAACUUAUCAGGCGGUCGUAUUUUGAAGUGUUUUGGUAUAACCAUCAUCUAUUCGUGAUCUUCUACAUUGGACUGGUCGUUCAUGGUGUGCAGGGUAUCGUACGAUUUCAGUCGAACACUGAUGAGCAUGACCCUGAAACCUGCUCCAAAAAUGUGACCUCGUGGGGAAAGGAGGGAGACUGCAAAACGCUUCCCAAAUUUGCUCCUUUUGGAAUGAAUACCUGGAAAUGGGUAGUUGGACCAAUGUUCCUGUAUCUCGUUGAACGUGGAAUCAGAUUUUAUCGCUCAUUCCAGACGGUUAAAAUUAUGAAAGUUGUUAACCAUCCAUCGAAAGUUAUCGAGAUCCAGAUGAAGAAAGCAGGCUUCCAUCAUGCUGCUGGACAGUACAUUUUCCUCAAGUGUCCCAAACUCUCUCAUUUAGAGUGGCAUCCUUUCACUUUGACAUCGGCCCCUGAGGAUGAUUUCUUCUCCGUGCAUAUUCGUAUCGCUGGGGACUGGACAGGUGGACUGGCCAAACUUUGUGGUGGUGACGGUAAACAAACAAGAAGCCUGUCUGAUAUGCCAAGACUUGCAGUAGAUGGGCCCUUUGGAACAGCUACUACGGACGUUUUCAAGUAUCCCGUGGUGAUGUGUAUCGGAGCUGGUAUUGGGGUAACACCGUUUGCAUCUAUCUUGAAGUCCAUCUGGUAUCAAUAUAAUCAGAACAAUGUUAACCCGGUGGUUAAAAAAGUUUACUUCUUUUGGAUUUGUCCCGACACGAACGCAUUCGAAUGGUUUACAGAUCUCUUGCAGUACCUUGAAGAAAGAAUGGUGGAAACUGGAAACAGAGAUUUCUUGGAAUAUAACAUUUACCUCACCAGAGGCUGGGGUCCAAAUAUGGCUCGCACCAUUGUUCUACACGAGGAUGAGGAGACGGACAUCAUCACUGGAUGUAAACAGAAGACUCGCUAUGGGCGACCAGAAUGGAACGGCAUUUUCGGUAGCGUUGCUCGAGCUCAUCCAAGAACAAACAUCGGAGUCUUCUUUUGUGGUCCUGCUGUUCUUUCACAUCAGCUUCACCAGACAGCCAAUGCACACAGCAAUGUUGUUGAAGGAACAAAGUUUUACUAUAACAAGGAAAAUUUCUGAAGCUUUAGGCGUGACUUUUUUUUUAUGAAGAGAAAAACAUUUUAAUUUUUUGUUUUUAUCAUAGAAUAAUGUAGUACUUUUUCAGUGUAGUUUUUAUAUUGGCAGUACAAAGUUAGUCGAAUUAGUAACUUUUUCACACUAAGAGAAUCUACAAUGCACAAGGUAAUGAUGAAAGCUACUUUUUAACUCUAGUUUCUUAAAUCGAAUUAAAACAUUAAA